AUGAUCCAAACUGCCGCCGAUGUGAAGCGGGGGAUGAACACAGUAGAUGCUAUUGGGCAGCGCCACGGCGUAGCCAAUCGAUUCGCUGAACCGGUCAUCGCAAUGCUGCGUAGACUCUGCGAUGGCCUCAAGGCUGAACGAAGACUCUCGGAGGGAGACAUGCAGCGAAUCCUUCAUGAGCGCCUCUCCGCAUAUUCCAACGACCACGCUGUAAACCCCUUGUUGCGAAUCCCUGGCUUCAAUGUGCAUCAGUCUACGCCGGUCAAACUCUUACAUACAUUCUUGCUUGGGCUGGUCAAAUCAACCGCUCCACCUUAUACAAAUGCACAUGGCGAUAUUGAACGAGGACGGCUGGUGCGUGCCCAAGCUGGCACCAGCUUACAUGAUUCAGUACUGACGGUCACUCAUCGGCAAACACUUCAAGGCCAUGGUACACUGCAUGGUACUGUCCCUCACGAGUACAUAGACGCAUGGGUCCUGCUUGGCCUGGCAGGGGCGGUGUUCUGGAAGACAGAUAUUGCAGCGAAGGACGAAUACUUGAUGGACCUGUGGGAGACACUGACGGCUCUCGUUUAUGCUGUCAGUCGAGUGGAUGCUACAAAGAUAAUAUCGAAACCCAAACUGCACAUCAUCCUCCAUCUAGCGGAACACGUGGAGAGGAACGGGCCAGCUUUACUCUUUCAGACUGAGCGCUACGAGUCGAGCAACACCGUAUUUCAACAUUGCUCGAUGCUGAGCAACCGCCAAGCACUGAGCCGCGAUAUCCUGACAACACUUGUCCAUCACAGUCAAGUCCGACAUAUUGUGAGUGGUGGAUGGUGGCACGAUGCAGCAGAAGAUAAGUGGGUGAGAGCAGGAGAUGACGUGAGAGCCGCCGUCAAAGGACAGGUUAUCUUCCAGCGACUGCUGGGCAUGCCGAAGAACUCGACCAACCUUCCUGGCCACCUUCCGGUCCAGCGCCCUGUCAACCAUGUGCAUUGGUGCCAGACCAAGGCAGGAGAGCAACUGCCAGAUGCCUACCCAGCGCAGACUCGAUGUCUUCGCUACCCGAAAGCCAUAGCGACGAACAGUGACCACGUGCCCAUCAGGGGCUUUGUCAUCCACAAGCAGGGAGUGGAUCAGGAGUACGGCAGGUACAGCCUGCCAUCAAUGGGUCCCAUCGUCCCUUCCGUUCAAGAGGCCGAUCUGGAAGCCUCUCAACCUCCUGAACCUCCAGGCGAGUAUGAUGUGGUUGAAGGACGCGAAGGCAUGUUGGACAACUUAACCCACUCCAGACUGGACGAGCACAAAGGGAACUCCAAUGCUGUGAGACAGAUUGGCAUAACACGCAAUUACAAGCAAAUGAUCCGGACGGUGCAGGCUGAUCUGGGGCUAGCCAAAGAGGUCAUCGACACAGUUACUGCCGUCUACUUGGAUAAUCCUAGGCGCUCUAAGAGCGCCAAACUGGAUAAUCCCUGGGCGUUCUGA